AGGCCACUAUAUUCUGGCAGGUGGCUGUGGACAAGGCUCCAUGGACAAUCAGGUCUGCUACUGAACGUUUUUGUGGUGGACUCUAGGAGCUGAAAACAGGGUCAGGUCCCAGCGACCACAUCCUGAGGAACUUCUGCCUGUGCAGGGGGCUUCUGGAGGGAGGAGGCCUUAUUCUAAUUUGCACACAGGAGCUAUAGGAACCUCUGAUGUCUGAGCUGGGAGGAGAGGGGCAGGUGUGAGCAUUAAGACACUAUCUGGGGAGGCUCCAUAAGGUUUCAACCCCAAAGCAGCAAAAGGCAUUUGUUCCACAGUCGUUCUCACUGCACAGCCUGCAUCUGCAUCCCUGACCCUCUGUGAGCCAAUCUCUGCCCUGAGAGGACACUUUUCCUCACAUCUGCCCCAGAACUCACUCUCCAAGAACACAGGCCCCCUCAACUCCCCCGACAACCAGCAGCAUCAAAUCGCAAAGAGCAUAAGCUGCCCUGUGGCCAGACCGGUGGGACAUGGCUGGACCUGUCCACAUCGGAAUACAGCUCCCUCCCUCUCAACGCCCAGACCCUGGGAUUGUCCCUCCUUGUCCCUUCCUUUGGAGAAGUUCUGUUUAUAAGGACAACCCCUCCCCACCCCCCGCAGGCAGAAGCCUGUCCCUGUCAGAGUUCCCCGACGGCUACUGUCCCUACAAACGCAUUGGAAUGAUUUCUAUUGUCUUUCCUCUGGAGCGAAGGAAGGCAGGAGAGCCCCACCUCCACUCAGGGGCCUCACCAGCCAGAGGCAUUUACAGAGAGUGACCUGUGCUGCCAAACAAAGCACAUCACUAAACCAAAACAAGGAAGGAAAGCUUCACCAAGCUUCUGCCACGACAAUACACAGCACAGAGGGGUAUAAAGCUGGACAGCCCUGAGCAUCUCACACACACUCAGACACUCACAUUCGCUCACACACCUUCCCAGCCACACCGCCCCCACCAUGGUCGCCUCCACUCUGUCUGGCUGCCUGCCUGGUCCCUGUCACCCCUGCACCGGCUCCUCCUGGCAGUGGGACGACUGUCCAGAGAGCUGCUGCGAGCCCCCCUGCUGCGCCCCCAGCGGCUGCACCCCCGCGCCCCGCCUGGCCCUUGUCUGCACCCCAGCGAGCUGUGAGCCCAGCCCCUGCCUGUCAGGCUGCACCAGUUCCUGCACCUCCUCCCCCUGCCAGCACGCCUGCUGUGUGCCCGUCUGCUGCAGGCCCGUCUGCUGCAGGCCCGUCUGUUGCACUCCUGUCUGUUGUACGCCCGUGUGCUGCGAGGCCUCCCCCUGCUCGGCCGCCUCGUGCUGCCAGCCCAGCCCCUGCCCCUCGUCCUGCUGCAGACCCUCGUCCUCCGUGUCUCUCCUCUGCCGGCCCGUGUGCCGCCCCGCCUGCUGGGUGCCCGUCUCCUGCUGCGGGGCCCCCGCCUCCUGCUGCCAGCCCAGCUGCCGCCGCCCGGCCUCCUGCGUGUCCCUGCUCUGCCGCCCCGCGUGCUCCCGCCCCGCCUGCUGCGUGCCCGCCUCGGCCUGCGAGUCCUGCUGCUGACCGGGCCGGUCCCCAGCUCCUCCCGGGGCAACUGUGACUUCCGUCUGACACCUCUGGAGCCUGCAGCCCAGCUGGCCCCCUGGGCUGGCUCCGAGUUUCCUCCAGGCCCUAGGUCUCCCCAGGCGUCUUCUCCAUCCUUGGGUCAUGGGGUUUGUUCUGCCCUACGUGAGGGACCUGUUUGUUAAGAAAUAAAGUCACUGUCAGGCCCUCUCCAAGGACUUGAGUGUGUGUUUCUGCGCAAACCCUGGGGAAGAGCCUGGUCUGGCGUGUGAGCCACAUCCAGGGCAUAGAGCACCUGGCAGGGCCAGCUGGGCCCUCCCCUCUGCUUGGGCCUCCUGUGCUAGCACUCCCUGGCAGCGUCCAGCCCAGAGAGACCUGCUUACCGGGGGGGACCCCUGUGCGGAGCAAAGGGUGGGGGAGUGUUUCCAGGUCCUGGACCUUCACACUGGGGACUUGGGGCUUUGCUAGGAACAAAGGAGACCCGGCUUAAUAAAGCAUCUGCCUUGGAGUUCCCUUGUGGCUCAGUACGUUGAGGAUCUGGUAUUGUCACUGUAGCAGCUUGGGUUGCUGCUGUGGCACGGGUUCUGUCCCUGGCCUGGGAACUUCCACAUGACUUGGGCAUAGCCAAAAAAAUAAAAAUAAUAAUUAAAAAAUUAAAACACCUGCCUUAAAGGCAUAAAGACCACUUCAGAAACAGCUUCAGGCAGGCUGGGGCCAGCCACUCUCCAGCUACCUGGCCACAAGGGUGGGGGCUUCCCCCUUGUGAAGAGGCUGUGUAGGGGGGUAUGAGAGCCACGCACAGUGGUGAUGGGAGCCUUGUCAGAGCUCUCCAGAGAAAUGACCAGUAAGAUGUGUGUGAAUACAUGC